AUGUAUACACAUGAAGAUACUGUUUCUGUUUUAUCCUUGUUCAUUAAUGAAAGUGCAGUUGCUGAUCUUUGGAAGCUUGAAGCUAUUGGUAUCACCGAUCCUCCAGAAAGCUUUCUAAAACAAGACUUGCUAGUGGCUACGUUGUAUAAAAAGUUUUUAAGGACUGGAUUCGUCAAGGUAUUAGGUAUUAUAGAAGAAGUUCCAUUGCAAGAUCAAGUCGGACUAUAUUUACUGCAUCAUCCAGUAAUAAAGCAUUCUUCCAAUACUAAAAUCAGACCAGUAUUCGACGCUUCAGUACAUGAAAAGAAUUUUGUUUCUCUCAAUUCUUGCUUAGAAAAGGGUCCCAAUCUGUUAGGACUGAUACCUUCUAUAUUUUUACAAUUUCAAUUGAAAAGAUUCAGAGUAACAUCUGAUAUACGUCAAGCCUUUUUGCAGAUAAAUUUGAUUCCACAAGAUAGAGAUUAUUUGAGGUUCUUGUGGUAUGAAGAUGGCGAUCCAAAUAACUUACUGAUCUAUAGACAUUGCAGACUACCGUUUGGAGUAACUUCAAGCCCUUUUUUAUUAGGUGCUACUAUAGCAUAUCAUUUGGAUAAUGUGGAGAAGGAAACUCAAGAAACGGCCAGGAAAUUGAAAGAAUCAUUUUACGUCAAUAAUUGCGUGACCAGUUUCGACAGUUUUGAAGAAGUUGAGAAAUUCAUGAAUUUGGCAAAACGGAUAAUGUCAGAUGCUAAAUUUGAGCUUUGGGACUGA